AUGGAGAGAGAUAUCCAGUACCUGAGGGAAUUAGCCAUGCUGGAGGUGAUUUAUGAUGACCUGAACAAUGAGCAGUUAUUCAAAAAUCCAGAUGAAGUCAGGUGCACACAACCCAUGUGGCGGAAAUUUGUAUGGAGCACAUCAUCGUCAUAUGCCAGCUCAUUGGGAGUAAUGACUUGGAAAGAAAGAGAGGAACAAAUGGUGGAUGAAUUGGCUGGCCAACUCCAGCAAUACAAAGAAAGUGUCUCUUCCUCCCUACGGGCCUGCAUUUUGGCUGUGGAGGAAGUGUCAAGAGAGUUCCAGCAACUCAAAGAAGAUAGGUCCUACUCCCCACCUGAUUUGUUACUGGACCUGUCGGUCACCAACACAAGUGAGCUAAUCAGAGAUAUCAAGAUUGGAGGCAGCCUGGGCUUCAAUGAUCAUGAAAUGGUGGAGUUCACAGUCCUGAGGGAUAUGGGUCAGGAGUUAGUCAAUAGGACCUCCUGGGAAACUGCCUUUGGGGACAAGGGAGCAGAAGAGAGAUGGCAGAUCUUUAAGGAUGCUUUCCAUAGAGCGCAAGAGCUCUCGAUCCCCAGGUGUAAGAAAUCAGGGAAGGAAGGCAAGAGACCAGCAUGGAUGAGUCAAGACCUGCUAGUCAAACUAAAGGGCAAGAAGGAAAUGCACAGGCAGUGGAAACAGGGACAGUUAUCCUGGGAAGAGUAUAGCAACACUGCCCGGUUGUGUAGGGAUGGGGUCAGAAAGGUCAAGGUGCAGCUGGAGCUGAACUUGUCAAGGGAUGCAAAGAAUAAUAAAAAGGGCUUCUAUAGGUAUGUCAGCCAGAAAAGCAAGGUCAAAGAAAGAGUACCCCCCUUGAUGAACAUGACUGGCAAACUGGUAACAAAGGAUGAAGAGGAGGCUGAGGUACUCAACACCUUUUUUGCCUCAGUCUUCACUGGCAACCUCUCUUCCCACACCUCUCAAUGGAUGGACUGGGGGAGCAAAGUCCCUCCCACUGUUCAAGACCACCUGAGGAACCUAAACAUACAUAUGUUUAUGGGAACUGACGAGAUGCAUCCCAGAGUCCUGAGGCAAUUGGCUGAUGCAGUUGCCAAGCCACUCUCCAUGAUAACUGAAAAGUCAUGGCAGUCAGGUCAAGUCCGUGGUGACUGGAAAAAGGGAAACAUGGCACCCAUUUUUAAAAAGGGAAAAAAGGAAGACCUGGGGAACUACAGGACAGUCAGUCUCACAUCUGUCCCUAGGAAGAUCAUUGAACAGAUUCUCCUGGAAACUAUGCUAAGGCACAUGGAGGACAGGGAGGUGAUUCGAGACAGCCAGCAUGGCUUCACCAAGGGCAAGUCCUGCCUGACCAACCUAGCACCCUUCUAUGGUGGAAUGACUGCAUCAGUGGACACAGGAACAGCUAUGAAUGUAAUCUACCUGGACCUCUGUAAGGCCUUGGACACGGUCCCCCACAGCAUCCUUCUCUCUAAACUGGAGAGGUAUGGAUUUGAUGGGUGGAUUAUUCGAUGGAUAAGAAAUUGUCUGGAUGGUUGCAUCCAGAGGGUAGUGGUCAACAGCUCAAUGGCCAGACAGAGAACAGUGACAAGUGGUUUCCCUCAGGGGUCCAUACUGGGACCAGUACUGUUUAAUAUCUUCAUCAAUGACAUGGACGAGGGGAUCGAGUGUAUUCUCAGUAAGUUUGCAGAUGACACCAGGUUGGGCGGGAGUGUUGAUCUGCUCGAGGGUAGGAAGGCUCUGCAGAGGGACCUGGACAGGCUGGAUUGAUGGGCCGAGGCCAACUGGAUGAGGUUCAACAAGGCCAAGUGCCGGGUCCUGCACUUGGGUGACAACAACCCCAUGCAAUGCUAUAGGCUUGGAAGGGUGCUGGAAAGUUGCCUGUCGGAAAAGGACCUGGGGGUGUUGGUCGACAGCCGGCUGAACAUGAGCCGGCAGUGUGCCCAGGCGGCCAAGAAGGCCAAUAGCCUUCUGGCUUGUAUCAGAACUAGUGUGGCCAGCAGGAGUACGGAAGUGAUUGUCCGCUUGUACUCGGCACUGGGGAGGAACCGAAGCCAGGGAAAAGGGAUGGAUCAAACGGCCUUCUACGAUGGAGUAACUGCAUCAGCGGACAAGCGAAAAGCUAUGGAUGUCAUCUACCUGGACUUCUGUAAGGCCUUUGAUAUGGUCCCCCACAUCAUUCUUGUCACUAAAGUGAAGAGAUGUGGGUUUUAA